AUGGUAGGAAUUAUCGAAGUAGGAGCAUGUCACUCUCAACAUAACUACAAUACCCACACCUGUACCAAUACGCCUACGAGUAUCUACAAACCCUACAAGAGCAAAUCCGAAAUUCAUUACCGAAAAGCGGUCAUCAUGAUGCCGCCUAAUAAUGAAACAAAACCAUUUCUAACAGAUAUGAGCGAUCAUGAUAUCCAGCAACACAAAAUUGGGCGUGCCAAACAGCUCUGGCAUAGUAGUUGGACACAAUCAGCUCCUUCGCAUAGCAGAGCGUUUUGGCUCAUGUCUCAUACAUUGGCAUGUUCAGUGACCUCCCUCAUGUGGUUGGCAAUCUUGUGGUUGUCAAGGUCUGCAAUGUCUCCUUGGAUGUGCUCACAAUUCUUAUCCUCCGUUGCUCAACCUCACUAUCAUCCGGGCUUAGCCACCGACGUGAACCACAACUUUACUGCUCAUUCCCAGCUUCUCACAUGCGGCCACUCAACGCAGGAGGCCAAAAGCAUGGGCUGUAAAUACGACAUUCUUAGCAACCAUUGGAUACCUGGAGUCUGCAUGGAUGAAGAUGCGGUGAAGGAGUAUCAGAUGGACGGCUCAUGGUAUGGUUACGCCGACAGUAAUAGGACUCAACUCCUGAGCUAUGAGUCGAUGGGUGACAUGGACCUUUACUACACUUCCAUGAGAGACCACAUUGUUCACUGUGCUGUGCUCUGGAAGAAAUAG